AUGCAGGAGUGACCAUUUUGGGCACAGUACCAAGCUUAGUAAAACCAUGGAAGAGCACGCAGUGUAUGGAAGGCCUCGAUUGGACAAAGAUCAGGUCAUUUGGCUCCACAGGGAAACAUCCAAUAUCGACGACGACCUCUGGCUUUCUUCCAAGUCCUUCUAUAGCCCCGUUAUAGAGUGUUGUGGCGGCACGGAGCUUGCAUCAUCUUACAUUCAAGGAAAUCAUCUGCAGCCUCAAGCUUUCGGAGCAUUUAGCAAUGCUUCCAUGACAACCGGAUUUGUCAUCCUGGACGACUAUGGAGCCCCUCGACCAGAUGAUCAACCUUGUGUUGGCGAAGUGGGACUGUUCCCUGUUUACAUGGGCGCAACUGAUAGGCUGCUCAAUGCUGAUCACGAAGAAGUUUACUUCAAGGGAAUGCCGACAUACAAAGGGGUGCAACUGAGGAGACAUGGAGACAUCAUUAAGAGAACUGUUGGAGGGUACUAUAUCGUACAAGGGAGGGCUGAUGACACAAUGAACCUUGGUGGCAUUAAGACUAGUUCUGUUGAGAUUGAGCGGGUCUGUGAUAGAGCAGAUGAAUCUAUACUAGAGACUGCCGCAAUAAGUCUAGCGCCACCAACCGGCGGUCCAGAACAGUUGGUUGUCCUCGUGGUGCUCAAGAAGGGGUGUAAGGCUGAACCGAAUGAUCUGAAGAUGAAAUUCUCAAAAGCCAUCCAGCGAAACCUCAACCCUUUGUUCAAGGUAAGCUCUGUCAAGAUUGUCGCUGAGUUCCCUCGAACGGCUUCUAACAAGCUACUGAGGAGGGUGUUGAGGGAUCAGAUGCGACAGCAGCUCUCUGCGCAGAGUGAGCUGUAGAGGCAACUGGGAAGUAUUGUCCCAUAUUCUUGCUGCGACUGUCGAUGUGCAGGUUCCGAUUCUAGAUUCUAACUUCCUGCUUGUGAGAUAUAAAUUGGGUUGAAGGAAAUCUGUGAGAAUUAUUAGUUGGAAUAAGAAGCACUAUCCGGUUGGAAUUCAGAACACUUGUCUUUUCAAUAAUGAUGACAUGAUGUUGUUUGGGAA